AUGUCUAGUGUACAAUCAAAAAUUCCUAGACUUGCAAAGAAACAAAAAAAUAGCACCCACAUGGGAAGAAUUCAGUUGGUAGAAACGGAAAUGGCUCAGAUAUUGGAUUUAAAAUACAAAGACAUGUCAACAGUUAUUAUGAAGAAGUUUAAAGUCUUGGUGGAAAAUCUGAACUUAAUGGUUGAAGAGAUAAGGGAAUCUCUUAAAAAUGAUGUAAAGGAAAUUUUAGGAGUAAAAGGUUUAAUAUCUGAAAUGAAAAAUCCAAAGAAUUCCAGCACCAGAAAAGAGUGGCAACAGAUAAAAAGUAUAGCCUCAAUAAAAACAGGAUUGGUAGAGAAAAUAGAAGGAGAAAAUGAUAAAAUAGUUCAGGAUGUUGAAAAUUUGAUCUUUAAAAGAAAAGAAGUAAUUGAGCCGAGUAGCAAAUUAGACAAAGCUAAAGAGUACAAUACUGAGCAAGGUAAGGAAUUGUCCCAGAAUGAAGCACAAAAUCACAAAGUCAUGGAAAGUGUGGAAGAAGACAUAAGUAAUAUAGAUGACAGAGGUAGAAAUUGCAACAUCCAUAUGGAAGUUACUGGAGAGGAUGUACUAGUCAGAGAAAUGAGAGAGGAAAAAACCCCUCAGAACUUAAAGAAUAAAGAGAAAAUUCUAAAAGUCUCCAGAGAAGAUGGAGCAGUACUUACACUGGCAGGAGACUUGUCAUCAGCAACGCUGGACGUUAGUAAGCAAUGGAGUAAUGUCUUCAACAUUCUGAGGGAAAAUGAUUUUGAACCUAAAUUUUUAUGCCAAGUUAAAUUAGCGUUUGAAUGUGAUGGUGAGAUGAGGACUUUUUCAGACAUGCAAAGCCUCAGCAAAUUUACCAGCCAAAAAUCUUUUAUGAAAGAAUUACUGAAAGGUAUAAUCCCAGAAAAUGAAAAAAUAAAGAAAGGAGGAAGAAGAUACGGGAUUCAAGAAAAAAUGGGUAAAACUCUAAUAGACUCAAAACAUGAAUCUGGGGAAACAAACAAUGAUGGCUUGAACUUUCUAUUUGUUAAAGAGGUAAAGGUUGCUGAACCAGAGGAGGAGAAAGACUUAGAGACUCAGGAGGAAGGGUCUUCAGAGGGGAAUGAAAAAGAACUCCUUGAGGAGGAAGAGGCCUCAGAGCCAGAGGAGGAACAAGAUACCUCAGGGUUAGAAGAGGAAGGAGAAGAGGCUUCAGAGUUACAGGAGGGAGAAGAGACAUCAGAGUUAGAGGAGGAUGGAGAAGAGGCCUCAGAGUUGGAGGAGGAAGAAGAGACCUCAGGGUUGGAGGAAGAAGAAGAGUCUUCGGGGCUGGAGGAAGAGGUAGAGGCCUCAGUAUUAUGUAUAGAACAGCACUCAACCUCUCAGCAUCAUACUAUGGUAAAUACAAAACAUGGAGUUGAAAUAACCAAUGAUAGCAUGGAGGAUAUUAUAAUUAAAGAGGUAGAAGAUUCUGAGCAAGAGGAAGAAGACUCAGAGUGGGAAUUGGAAGUGUUCUUAACAUGGGAUGAGGGAAAAGACCCUGAUGUAAAAAAGGUUGAGAAAAAAGAGGCCUCAUAUGGAUUUAAAGAAAUUGCUCGUUAUUUGACUUCAGAGUCUGAGACGAAAAAAGUGAAACACCAGAUGGUACAAAAAAUCCAGAACAAAGAGGAAACAGCUACACCCAGAAAUAAAGGAAUUGGGAAAUUCUGUCCAACUUUACAUUGGGACUCUUCCUCAAAAUCUCUAGAGAUAAGUUCUGAUACACAGAAAAAGCAUUCAUGUACAAAUUUGAGUACUCCAUCAGGAAUCACCAAACUUUUAAGGAAAACUGAAAAAGAGAGACACAAAACUCUGCAAACAAAAGAGCUAACAUCUAAAGAAACAGACUUAAUACAAGAAACAGAGGAAAACUUUAGAAGAAGGGUAAUUCAUUUCUUCAGAGAGAUACAAGAGGAUAUUGGAAAUAUUAAUAAUUACCAUCCAGAAGUCUUAGAAAUAAAAAAAUCAAUAGCCACUCUGAGUAGCAGAAUAGACACACUUGAAGAGAGAAUGAGCAAUCUAGAAGAUCGAAUUGAAGAAUUCCCUAAGGAUACAAUGCAAAUGGCCAAACAGAUAAUAAUCAAAGAAAGAAUAAGAGACAUAGAGGAUAGAUCCAGAAGCUCAAACAUCCGUUUGAUAGGAAUUCCAGAAAAAGAUAAUAAAGAGAAUGGAGCAGAGGAAAUAGUGAAGGAAAUAAUUGAAGAAAACUUUCCAGAGCUAAAGGAAGAUUCCAGUCUUGAGAUUGUCAGUGCCUACCGAGUACCCAGUAAAAUUGAUGAAAAGAGACUCACUCCUAGACACAUCUUGGUGAAAUUUCAGAAUUACAAUGAUAAAGAAAAAGUCAUAUAUGCUUCCAGAGAGAAAAAAGACAUAACCUACAGAGGAAUAAGAAUCAGAUUGACGGCAGACUUAUCAUUGGAUACUCUGGAUGCUAGAAGUCAAUGGGGCAAUAUCAUAAAAGUUCUGCAGGCAAAAGACUUUAAACCUAGAAUUCUAUAUCCAGCCAAAUUGGCUUUUGAUUUUGAGGGUAAAACAAAGGUAUUUUUUGAUAUAGAAGAAUUCAGAAAGUUUGUUUCUUGUACACCCUCUUUGAAAGAAUUACUGGAGGAUAUAUUUUAA